AUGUCUUUUGCUAAAGAAACAUGUACGAUAUCAAAAUUUCUUUGUUAUCAAUGUGAUUCGCGUACCGAUGAUUAUUGUCGGGAUCCAUUUGACAUGAGACAAGCAAAUCGGACUCUUGAAUGUGCGGAUUAUUGUGUAAAAUUUUUACAUUAUGAUAAUUUGACUGAUGGCGGUGUUUUCGUUCGACGUGGUUGUGUGAAUGAUUACUUGCUAUAUCGUUUAAGCAAAAUUGACGUUUGUUACAAGCAUACACAUUCGUCUGCCUUUACACAAGGAAGAUUUUGCAUGUGUGCGAAAGAAAUGUGUAAUGUGGGAACAUCUCACAGACAUUCUACAGCUUUAUUAAUCGCUAUAAUUACAUUUAUCUAUUAUUCGUAUAAAAGGAUAUUCUCUUAUUCUGGCGAUGGUUAUAUUCAACACUUCCACUUAACACACUAUUUUUAA